AUGCCUCGUCUGCCCCGUUUGCCGCGGCUGUUUGUAUGGGAUCGGCUCCAGCAGCUCCCGAAGUGGAUUCAGUACCCGGGCGCCAUCGUGGGCACCGUGCUCUUCUUCCGGCUCUUCCAGCAGAUCGACGAGGAGCGACAGGCAAAGCGCAUCGAGGAGGAAGUCGUCGCCCGCCAGGAAGCCAACGCACGACGCCCGCCGCUGACGCGCGAGCGAUGGGACUACCUGCAGUCGCUUCCGAGACACUUGGUCAAUGAACCACUGUUCCCUGAUCCAGUCACGCUGCAGACGGUCGCAAUGUUCCUGCGUCGUGCCAUGCAUGAAACGGAGCGUGCUGUGCUUGGACGGCCGCUCGAUCGCUCAGAGCUGGCAUCACCACCGCCGGCAUCCCGUUCCGAGUAG